UGUGUAAGUUUGAUAACGUUUUAUGCGAAUUUAAGUUAAAUAACAAAGUACAUGCUUUAUUUUGAACUUUGUAAUGAUAACAUAUUUUGCCAAUAAAACCAGCUAAAUAAUAAAUAAAAUCUAAUAAGUUAUUUGUAAAUACAAGAGACGAUUUUUUAGUAAUCUUAAAAUGUUGGACCAAUUCCAAUAAUGGAACCACGCUACAAAACACUUAUUAUUUUUGUAAACAUUUGUGUAUUUUUAAUAUGCUGUACGUGUCUUAAAAAAACAUUUCAUUGGCUUAUUUCACCACAUCAUUCAAAAUUCAAUGAACAAGAACUUCUAAAAACCUCUGAUGAAAUAAAAAUGAAAGCAAAGAUCACUUUUGAAAAAAGUAACGAGUUAUUGUUAACACGUGAUCAAUAUUCAAGUUAUCUUAGUCUUUUUUUUGGAAGUUGGAAAACACUUAUCUCAGAUUUAACAAAAUAUUGGUGGAUAACAAUAGUAUCAACAUUACUUCCCUUGUUUAUGUAUUGGAGAUUCAAAUGCAAUAUAAGAAUUAAAUUUUCUGAAUGGAAAACAAAUUGCAAUCAAAACAAGCAAAAUGAAAAAAAUAACUCUAGACGGUUAACAUUACCUGAUUUAACAUUGGCUAAGCAUGCCAGAAGAGAAUCUAUGAUUGAUAAACAAAAGAAGUUAUAUACAAAAAAAAAUUAGUUGACAGACAACAAUCAAUUAGCAAUGCUACAACUGAACUCAAUCUUUCAAGGAAAUGGUCGUUUGAUAGAGGUGAAGAUAUGCCAUCAGAAAAAAAAAGGACACAUCUUAUUAGACGAUAUUAAUAUAUUCAAAUAUGCUUAUAAUAUUGUAUAUAUAUAUAUAUAUGUUACAACAAUUAACUAUGUGCCAAUUAAAAAACUGAUUGUGACAUUGAAA